UGCUAGUUUUGGAAUUGACCAUAAUGUCUUGGGGCAUCCCAUUUGUUGGUGAGCUUUAUUAGUAGAAACAGGAGGAAGAUGGGCUUUUGAGAAGAAUAUACUUGACCAGGAAAAUGAAAAUGGGGAAGAAUUGAUUUGUUGUUUCUUUGAAUUUACAUAAAAGGUAAUCUCAUUCUAAAAGUCAGAGGUGUAAUAGUCGCCAAGAAAUGUUCUCUAAACAGGUCUCCAUAUGAUAUCAUGGCAGAAAAAUUCCACCUAGCAGGUGGCAGGUUGGGCUUAGCUAAACCUUUGCAGAAUCAUAAUUUCCACAGUAGCUUUCUGUCUCUCAGGCUGUAUACCAUAGAGCCCUUUCUUAUGGAGUAGAGCUUGUGUGCGUGCCUCGAAAAAUUUUCAAACUUAAAGAACAAUUGCACGAGUCUGAUUCCCCACAUACCCCUUGUCCAGAUUUGCCACUUGAUAAUGUGUUACUACAUUCACUUUGCCACUCUAGAGAGCAGUAGUAUUUUUGCUCAACAAUUUGAGAGUAGGUUGCAGACAUCUCAAACCUUUACUCCUGAAGACAUUAGCGUGUACGUCCUAAAAAGAGACAUUCUCCCAUGUUGUCGUAGUACAGAUUCUUAAAUGGAAUGAAAUCAGGAAAUUUUACAGUGGCACAAUAUAUAGUCUGUAUUAAAAUUUUUGCUAAUCAUCCCAAAAAUGUCCAUUGUAGUAACAGUUUCAAACACAAGAUCAUGCAUUGCCUUUAGUAGUCAUCAAAUUUCGUUGCUUUGGAAUGUGUUACUUCUAUUCAGUAUUAGAGGGUGGCCUUUUGACUUUUCUCCUGCAAGCUUUGUUGGAGGAAAAAAAAAAAAAAAGGCAUUGAUUUUCUAGCAAGCAGCCACCUUGAAAUCCCCAAAUUGCCCAGGUAAGAGGGACUUUUUUGUUUUUAAUUUUGAAAACUUUGGCUGGGUUUUGGUGCCUUGACUCAGCAAAGUCUAUAAUGCAGCAAGGCUUGGUAAGCAUUAGAAGGGGUACUGAAGCUUUCCUUUAUUUCAUAAUCCCAAUUGUUUUUCUAGAAACCAUCAAUAGCCUCUAAAUGACUGACUCAAUUUUUGGAUCCUAUUCUCAUGACUAAGCAAAUGUUUGAUUUGAAACCAGCCCAGUAUAAAUGUCUCUGUGCCUCUAACUCUGUAGCUAUUCCGGAUUUCAGCACUGGGGAAACCAAUCUAUGCACCAAAAUGUCUAAAUCUGGAACCAAGAUUACUUUCUAUGAAGACAAAAAUUUCCAAGGCCGCCACUAUGACUGUGACUGCGACUGCGCAGAUUUCCACAUGUACCUGAGUCGCUGCAACUCCAUCAGAGUGGAAGGAGGCACCUGGGCUGUGUACGAGAGGCCCAACUUCGCUGGGUACAUGUAUAUCUUACCCCGGGGCGAGUACCCUGAAUACCAACACUGGAUGGGCCUCAACGACCGCCUCAGCUCCUGCCGGGCUGUUCAUCUGUCUGGUGGAGGCCAGUAUAAGAUUCAGAUCUUCGAGAAAGGAGAUUUUAAUGGUCAGAUGUAUGAAACCACUGAAGAUUGCCCUUCCAUUAUGGAACAGUUUCACAUGCGGGAGGUCCACUCCAGUAAGGUGCUGGAGGGUGCCUGGAUUUUCUAUGAGCUACCCAACUAUCGUGGCAGGCAGUACCUCCUGGACAAGAAGGAGUACCGGAAGCCCAUCGAUUGGGGCGCAGCUUCCCCAGCUGUGCAGUCUUUCCGCCGCAUCGUGGAGUAAUGACAGGGAUGGGGCCACAAGCUGCUUCCUGGGGGCCACCUGCUGGCUGGCCUUGUCAUCCAAAUAGGCAUCCUUAAUAAAAACAAUUGGCAUGCAUUCCA